GAAAUCUUAUUUCAGAGGUGGUUCAGGUUCAGCGCUGGUGAAAUAUUAACGUUUCAUUAACUCGACCGAGAAAAAUGUCUUUUAAUAAGGAUGGUAAGACCGUUGAGGAGGAGGCAAAGGUCCACAGGAUCAGAAUUACCUUGACCUCUAAGAACGUCGCUCCCCUGGAGAAGGUCUGUGCUGAUCUUAUCCGUGGAGCUAAGGACAAGGAACUCAAGGUCAAGGGCCCCGUCAGAAUGCCCACCAAAGUUCUGAGGAUCACCACCCGUAAGACCCCUUGCGGAGAAGGUUCUAAGACUUGGGACAAAUUCCAACUGAGGAUCCACAAGCGUGUUAUUGAUCUCCACUCACCCUCUGAGAUCGUCAAGCAGAUCACCUCCAUCAACAUCGAACCCGGAGUUGAGGUUGAAGUGACCAUUGCUGACGCAUAAUCUUCCAUCCUACACCUCUGUAAUACAUCUAGAAGUGAUGUUGAUUGAUCAAUCAGUUGAUCAGAAACAACAUGAUCAAUCAGUUGAUCAGAAACUUCAUGAUUAAUCAGUUGAAAUGAACAUCAUCAUCUGAAAUUUAACUUCUUAAUGAUUUCCAGA